AUGAUAAAGAAGAUGGCUGAAAUUGGACCAGAUUCUGGGGGCCGAGUUAAUGGUGUUACAAUUGUGAAACCAAUUGUUUAUGGAAAUGUUGCACAAAAUUUUGGAAACAAGAGAGAAGAAGAUGGACACACUCAUCAGUGGACUGUGUAUGUGAAGCCAUACAGAAAUGAGGAUAUGCCUUUCACCUUUUACCAUCUACUGAAACUUUUCCAGUCUGAUUCUAGCACUAUGCCCAAGAAAAUAGUGGUUUCUGAAUUUUAUGAUGAAAUGAUAUUCCAAGACCCCACAGCAAUGAUGCAGCAGCUGUUAACAACUUUACAGCAGUUAACACUGGGAGCCUAUAAACAUGAAACGGAAUUUUCUGAACUAGAAAUGAGAACAAGGGAGAAGUUGGAAGCUGCCAAGAAGAAGACCAGCUUUGAAAUAACAGAGCUAAAAGAGAGACUAAAAGCAAGCUGA